UCUCUGAAGGUGGGGGCAGAGAGCUGUUGGCUGUGCGCUGCAAACACCAUCAGGAGGGAGACGCUUCCCACCGUCAGCGCCGGAGCAGAGCAGGGGAGCCCUGGCGACAAAGAGAGACGCGAAGUCGGCCGCCCGUUUCACCCUACAGGAAUGGUGACAGCGCCUGCAGACGGACGGACGAGGACGGACGGCGUGGACCGACGGCGCAGGCACCCGCAGCGCUUCCCUCCCAUUGUGGGAGAGAUCCACACCGUGCACCAGGAACCGCAGCUCCGCCCACUCCGCCCAUGCAGCUCUGCUCCCAGAGAGUGCCGAGUCCCUGAGUCAACACGCCGCUUUCUGGGAUAGUCUGGAACCCUCCAUGGGCUGCACCACCUGCUGACAAACCAGGGGGGUCUGGAGGAGUUGAAUGAGGAUUGUGCUGGCUGUGGGCAGGCUCGGGUUUACAAGGAAAUGAUUCCGCAUGAAGUGCGACGCACUCUGCCCCCGGUCGUCCUCGGCGGCGGCAGCAGCAGCAGCAGCAGCAGGAGCGACAACGAGACACUCUCUAUCACACUGAGCUCCCCCUCGAGCCACUAAAGACCCCCGGACCAAACAGACCGCCCCAGCCUCCCCUCAACAUAUUCAACACCAUCUUUAACCCUUCCUCACCUGCCCGGUACGGUCUGGAUCUUCCUUCGAGCGAAGCGCCAAUUAUCAACGGCCUUAAUUGAACUGAACAGAGAGGAAAAGAGAGACUAAAGCGAAGAGAUUUGAAAGUGAGAUAAAGAGCCAGCGACCCGAGAGAACAAAGGGUUAAGGAACAAGAUUACAGUUUUGGAGACGUAAAGCAAAGUCAGUAUGAAGUCCAGCCACGAACGGAGCAAUGAAUGUCUGCCCCCAAAGAAGCGGGAGAUCCCCUCGUGCACACUGCCGUCUGACACCCGGCCCCCGCCCGCCAGCGACAGCCAGCGCACCGAGAACAUGGCCUGGCUGGCCAGCGUGGCCGGCGGGAAUGGGAGUGCCGGGGGUGGACACCGCAGCUCCGGUCAGUCUGACGGCCCCCCGAGUAAAUCCCUCUUCCCCGCAUCGGACUCUUCCUCCUCCUCCUCGCUGAGGCUGGUCUCGUCCCUCCCCACUGUGUACACGUCGGCCCUGUCACAGCCCGCGGUCGGCGGGACUGUGCGUUACGCCCAGCUGCCUCCCAACCUGCAGUUCAUCGCGCCCCCCUACGCCCCGUACUCCGGCUACGUCUCCCCUCAGCUCCUCCCCCCUCCCCCACCGCCGCCCCCGCUCUCGUCCUCCUUGGCCGCGCAGAGACACUCGCUCGCCGAGGCCCCUUCGCACGCCUCCAAGCAGCACGACCAGCAGAGGCCGCCCACGGGGCGCACCUCCAUGCCGCCGCCUUCCACUGACCACGCCCCUCACUAUGUCCAGAUGUCAACCUCAACGCGGACCGUGCCGUCCCCUCACUACCAAGGAGGCGUUCACCCCCACCAUGCGUUUGGCCAUGGGAUGUCCCACCUCGUGGUGCAGUGUGCGGACCGCCCCGGCAGGAAAGAGGAAAGUGGCUCCAGGACCCGAGAGCACCACAACGGCGAGCUGGAGAGGGGUCGGCGGUUCGGAGCGUCGCCCGAGUCCGGCCUCUCGAAGCCGGGGGGCAAAUCCCGGGACGCCGCUUCGUCUCUGUCCCCCUACGAGGCCCGGCAGCUGGUCAUGCAUUCAGACUACCCUGCUCACGACCCCUUAGAGCUGAGAACCUCCUUCAUGCUGAUGCCCAACAGCCACGGGGACCACCAGCUGGCGCCGCCCAGAACCAACCCCGAGAAAAUGGCGAGCUCCGGCCCCGCACACCUGGAGAAGGGCGGCAUCGUCCUGGGCAAGCCUGUCCAUCGCACCCCCCCCUCCUCCAGCACCGCCUCCCCUUUCACCUUCCCAACCCCGUUGAGUGUGGACAGCCUGAAAGCCGCCGGCGGCACCCUGUCGCCGCAGACCGUCAUCCAGACCACGCACGGCGCCACGGAGUCGCUGUCCAUGGGGCUCCCCUCCACCAUCUACCCCCAGCCGUCUAUCUUCGGCUACAUUGCUGGGGGCGGCGGGGGCCAUCACGCGCCCAUCGGCUACCACCCCGGCCUCCAGCAACACUUACUCAUUCCUGGCGGCCAGUCGGUAAUCAUCCCCGUCAGCGGGGGCGGCGUCGCCACGUUGGAGCCGGUCACCUCUCGUGCGUCGGCGUCCCGGGGCGCCACCUUUCCCACCUUUCCCUCCCAUACAUACAUCGCCGCCGCCAAAGGGGAAGCCCUGGAGCCCCCUGGUGCCUCGUAUCUCCAGGGCGCUUCGGGGGCGGCGGUGGUCCGAGCCCAUCUUCACCUCCCCGCCGUUCCCGCCCCGCCGGGGCUGGUCGCUCCCUGCGCUGCCGCCCACUCGUCCGGUGCCGAGGCGCCGCCCCCCUCGCUCCCCCCGUACUUCAUCAAGGGCUCCAUCAUCCAGCUGGCCGACGGGGAGCUGAAGCGGGUGGAGGACCUGAAGACGGAGGACUUCAUCCAGAGCGCCGAGAUCAGCAGCGAGCUGAAGAUCGACUCGUCCACGGUGGAGCGCAUCGAAGGCAGCCACGACUCGGCCGACUUCGCCGCCGUCCAGUUCUCCGUCGGCGAGCACCGGGCACAGGUGAGCGUGGAGGUCUUGGUGGAGUAUCCCUUCUUUGUCUUCGGCCAAGGCUGGUCUUCAUGCUGCCCGGACCGGACCACACAGCUUCUGGAGCUGCCCUGCACUAAACUCUCCGUGGGCGACGUCUGUAUUUCGCUCACCCUCAAGAACCUGAGGAACGGCUCCCUGAAGAAGACUCAGCCGGCGGAGCUGCCCCCCCCUGCCUCCGUCCUGGCCUCCGGUCACCUCAGACCCCCCAGAGGUGUCUCAGACGCUUCCCAGGGCUCCAGGCACAGCGAGCGGGAGAAUGGCAUCGGCCAGCGGGGGAAAGGCGGGAACGGGAGUGCGGGGGCCACCGGCGCGGUAAACGGCGACCUCGUGUUUGGGGAGAGGGGGUCCGUUUUGAAGGGUCAGGACGCCGGCGCCGCAGAAGCCGGCGCCAGGAAGCCAUCGAGGGUCAGGAAGCGACGGUGGUCUGCUCCGGAGGGGCGAAAAGUAGACAGAUCAGAGGAGGAGCCGCCCCUCACCCUGCCCAAACCUUCCUUCAUCCCUCACGAGGUGAAAGUCAGCAUCGAGGGAAGGUCAAAUAUUGGCAAGUGAAGGCUAGCAGGACCGUUGGGAUGUGAGGAAAAAACAUGAAAGGAUUCCACACAAAAAAAACACCAAUGCCCACAUUAUUGUUUAAUUUGUUCUGGUUUAAAAGUUUUUUUUUUCUGUUUUUAUUUUUCUAUCUUGAAUACUGUACUGUAGAGACAAAUUCACCUUACGUUAAGUCCAUAUAGUUAAAAAUGUAAUCUCUCUCUCUCUCUAUACAUAUAUCUAUAUAUAUAUAGAUGGAUGGAUUUGAUAUCACACAAGCAAUCAAUGGCAUGUUGGUGGUUUUCAUGACAUGGUUCAUGGUGAGGGAUUUGUGAGGCGUGCAGGACGUGUAUUGGUGGCUGUGUGGCACACAGGAGCUGGUUAUACGUUACACAUCAUGUACAUUUCAAAUUGGGUAUGCACACGGUUUACCUCUGGGAAGCAACUCACUCGCUGUGCGCUGCUGGGGAGGGAAAAACACUUCGCCGCUCCAGUGGUUUUACGCACGUUUUGCCACAGGAGUGAUGUGAUGUCAGGUGAUCCAGAGCAUGAAGGAUUCUCCAAAGUCCAGAGAGAAAAAACAAAUUCUCCAUUCUCCGUCUCUUGGGAACAAAUAAACCCCGGUUGUUCGCGGUGUCAUCAGAGUGUGCCGGUGAUGUCAUCGGGCGGUGCCAGUGUGCCACACAAAAAGAGAGGGAACAGCUCUGUUCAGUGUGAUGACAGUGGAGCCUUUGCUUUCAUCAUGAGCGCUUUCUUUUUUUCCUUUUUUUUGGAUUUCAUGAACCCUUCUAUCUCACCAGAUAGUUAUUUGCAAUGAUUGUCAAAAACCUUAAUCAGGGGUGAUUUAGUCCCAGACGGAACCUCGGUGAGUCGAUGUCAAUGUAUAGAUGUGAGAAACCCUAACCUAGAACAUACAAGUGCAAACACACUGGGUUGGAGAACUUCACUCUAGGAAAUAUGUUGGAAAUAUGUUAAGAGGAAGACUGCAUACAAUCCUCGUUGUUUUUCUGAUGAAUUACUUUAUAUUUCUUUAUGGAGAAAGGCUGCGCGAGAGGAAUCGGCUCCGAGAGGGUCACGAUGUUUCAAAGCACUUAACAGACCCGUCACACUCGCCAUACACCCGGCAACUUGUUUUUGUUGUCGCUUUUAUUUACGCAAUACUGUAUGUUUUUAGAUCAUUCUUUUCUUUUCUUUUUUAAAGACAGGGGUAGAAAGUAGCAACAGCACUUUGUAAUGGGGAAGCUUUUUUUGAACAGUGAAGGGGUGGUUCGGUGACGUGGGAGCGCAUGUGCCAUUGCAUCACGCAACGAAAGGGGGUUGACCGUGACGUCCGUUUCCCCGGUGACCAUUAGAGCAGCAUCGAUGGUGACAAACGGAACUACGGGUCCGACGGUUUUUAGCUGGCGAGCUUCGAGUAAGUUGAACGCUUUGGAAUGUGUUUUGAACGUUUGAGAUCCGGACGAACAGAUCAACCAGGAAAGGGCUCUAGAAAUAUCCCGAAAAGGUGUCAUAUAUUUGGUGUGUGUGUGUGUGUGUGUGUGCUGGAGUGUGCGUGAUGCAGGUCUGUGUCUGUCUGCACAAACACAACCACAAAACAGUACAGACCAUCCCUAUGACUAAAUGAUCUAUUAUAUGUUCUGUAUUUAGACAAUUGCAGAUGAUUUGAAGACACUAGUUGACAUCGGAUUAACACACACACACACACACACCGCUCGGCGGUGAGUUUGUGUCGCCGUGUUUGUGUGUGAGCGUGUAUGAUUGUAUGUAUACUGUGUAUAGGAACAGGUUAUACUCAUUUGAUAUAAAGUCGAUGCUAAAUGUCCAGGGUUUGUACUUUGAGUCGUACUUAAUAGAAUCUUUGCAAUUUGCACAUCGAGAGGAGGGAGGAGACAAAGACGAGCCCUAAACCACGCGACACACUGGAGGAGACCAGGGUUGUUGUUCCUCAACAGGCACUUGAAACGUUGUAGAGGAAAAGUUUCUACAUUAACGCAGUUAUGGUCAAAUUGCAUUUGAGUUUUUAUAAACAUAGCUGUAAAACCGAAUUAUUAACUCGUGCCUGCCUACUGAAUUUAAAAUAUACGCCAUGUAGUGUAUCCGAAGGAAACAUUGGUCUUCUUUUUUUCCUGCUGUUGAAACCAGGGUUCAGCAGCUCGGGUCCAGAUCAGCUGGAACCCCGUUUUUUUCUGAGAUGCAGCAGUUAGCUCAACAGAUACAUACACUCACCGGCCACUUUAUUAGGUACCCCAUUCUAGUAACGGGUUGGACCCCCUUUUGCCUUCAGAACUGCCUCAAUUCUUCGUGGCAUAGAUUCAACAAGGUGCUGGAAGCAUUCCUCAGGGAGUUUGGUCCAUAUUGACAUGAUGGCAGCACACAGUUGCCGCAGAUUUGUCGGCUGCACAUCCAUGAUGCGAAUCUCCCGUUCCACCACAUCCCAAAGAUGCUCUAUUGGAUUGAGAUCUGGUGAUUGUGGAGGCCAUUUGAGUACAGCGAACUCAUUGUCAUGUUCAAGAAACCAGUCUGAGAUGAUUCCAGCUUUAUGACAUGGCGCAUUAUCCUGCUGAAAGUAGCCAUCAGAAGUUGGGUACAUUGUGGUCAUAAAGGGAUGGACAUGGUCAGCAACAAUACUCAGGUAGGCUGUGGCGUUGCAACGAUGCUCAAUUGGUACCAAGGGGCCCAAAGAGUGCCAAGAAAAUAUUCCCCACACCAUGACACCACCACCACCAGCCUGAACCGUUGAUACAAGGCAGGAUGGAUCCAUGCUUUCAUGUUGUAGACGCCAAAUUCUGACCCUACCAUCCGAAUGUCGCAGCAGAAAUCGAGACUCAUUAGACCAGGCAACGUUUUUCCAAUCUUCUAUUGUCCAAUUUCGAUGAGCUUGUGCAAAUUGUAGCCUCAGUUUCCUGUUCUUAGCUGAAAGGAGUGGCACCCGGUGUGGUCUUCUGCUGCUGUAGCCCAUCUGCCUCAAAGUUCGACGUACUGUGCGUUCAGAGAUGCUCUUAUGCCCACCUUGGUUGUAACGGGUGGUUAUUUGAGUCACUGUUGCCCUUCUAUCAGCUCGAACCAGUCUGGCCAUUCUCCUCUGACCUCUGGCAUCAACAAGGCAUUUCCGCCCACAGAACUGCCGCUCACUGGAUGUUUUUUCUUUUUCGGACCAUUCUCUGUAAACCCUAGAGAUGGUUGUGCGUGAAAAUCCCAGUAGAUUAGCAGUCUCUGAAAUACUCAGACCAGCCCUUCUGGCACCAACAAUCAUGCCACGUUCAAAGUCACUCAAAUCACCUUUCUUCCCCAUACUGAUGCUCGGUUUGAACUGCAGGAGAUUGUCUUGACAAUGUCUACAUGCCUAAAUGCACUGAGUUGCCGCCAUGUGAUUGGCUGCUUAGAAAUUAAGUGUUAACGAGCAGUUGGACAGGUGUACCUAAUAAAGUGGCCGGUGAGUGUAUAAAGUCGCUUGAUCUUUAUUUUCUCUUCUAGCAUCAGUGGAACUGAACUACAGAGAUGCUUUCUUUUUCAAUUUUAAAACAUAAUGAAAUUGGACGUUUUUUUUUAAUUUACCGGUGAUAGCAUAAACCUGGUCUAGGGAUGAAUAUCUUCCGGUUGUAUCAUGCCAUCGAACAUAAAGCCAUCUCUCACACCAAGGUGUUAAAGUGUUGUGAAGGCGUAUCUGUGGAGCUUUCUACCCGCUCUCUGCAUUUAGGUGCUGUCGUACUGCAGAGAGGGGAUCUCUUUGCAUCUUAGAAGUGGAUCAGGCUCAGCUGCGCAGGGCAGCGCUUCAUGUGGUGGGAGUUAACCAGUGUGACGGCGGAAUAGAUGUGAUGGAUGGCGAGUAAGAGAGUAGACCCCAAAUGAGAUUUGAAAAUGCUUUAUUCUUUUAUAAUAAACAGGGUUUCUCAGAUCAAAAACACCACAGUAGUACAUGUUCAUUUCUUCCUUUUCCUAUUGAAACAUCAUGAUCGUAGCAUGUGUGCGUGUUUUGCAAUCCAUGUGUGGCUGUGUCCUUUGUAAUGUUUAAUGUUUAUUCAUGUCACUAAUGUUUUUUUUUUUUAAUGUCCAACGACCUUUUCCACAAAAAGCAGAACAUAUAAAUGAACCUUCGAGCCGCUCAGACCAUCAACACGUUGUUAGCCAAAGCUAAGUGAUGCCAAUCUUAAUUUGGUUACUUUAGAAUGCAAUCGUACAACAGUAUUCAGGCACUCUCCUCAUGCAGGAGUGGAACCCACACACACACACACACAGUCAUUCCACUCAUUCUCUGCAAUAAAAUGAAAUCACAGUAAUGGUUUUGCAUUGCAAACUUAACACCCGUACAGCAAAAAAUAACACAAUCAUGCCAUAAACUAGAAAAUGCACAUAAAAGCUAAUACACGUGAACACGCCUCGCUUUGAUUAGUCCCUCUCCCCUCAUCACAAAGUACAUUUGAAAUCUUUAGGGAGUGCAGUUGCGACGUAGCAGUUGCUAGUUUUUCAGGGAAGCAUCUCAUAUAUGCAGUAUCCGACCCCCAGAACCUCGGACGCCGCGGCUGGUCGUCGCGCUGCGGGUGAGCAGGUGUCGCGCUCACCCGCGGUAACCAGCCCGGGGCGUUCUGACCCGCGAUGACCUCGUUUAACUCUGUUUCAGGUACCCAGUCAUAGCCAGCCGGCCUCGCACCUCCUCCUGAGGCAAAGCAAUCAAUUAAACCCUCGACAACCGUCAGCUACCUUUUCGGCCCCCGAGCGGCCUCCUCCCCUUCCGAGCAUCACCCUUUGAGACCCGGUGUCCUUUUCACCACUAGCUGACCCUGAGACAAAAGCGAUCCGAAAUGCAGAGCCACGCUGGAUCCAGUGGAGAACGGGGCGACAUUGUGUGAGCGCUCAUUGCCGUUUUCGUGUUGUUAAAAUAAAUCCCCAAAUGGAACCUGUUCAUCCACUUGAAAUGUACCACAUUGUGCAAUACUUCCAUUCUUUCCCCCCCCCCCCCCGCGCCACUCUGCUGUGCCAAGUAGAUGUUUAAAAGUCCCACUCCAGUGUCUCAUCCACGUUAAAGGCCUGUGCAGUUUGCUCUCUGUCGAUGUGUGCGUCACAUCUGUCGACGGGGGGGGUUUGUGAAGAGAAACGAACCAGACGGAGCCCGACCUCUCUGUCCCUUUUGUCCUCCUUUUGAGUGUUUGUGAGAGAUUGUGUCCCGUCUCCUUGGUUUAUGUGUGUGUCUGCACAAUGUGUGCUUGUGUACACCUGGUGUUCAAAUGUGUCCUGAGCUGGUCCGAGUGUGUGUGUGUGUGUGCGUAAGAAAAAGAAACCUCAUUGCUUAGUGGGGACCAACAGAGAUGCACAUGUAAGUAGAUGUAGAAGACUUGAUGGUAUUUCAGCACUUUCUAAUCCUAGGACAGACCGAUGGGGGGGGGGGGGGGGCAGACAUUCAUUUUUAAAAGGACAGAGAGGAAGAAGGAAAAAAUGGGCUGAAUGAGGAUGAAAAAGAGAGAGUUUGGAUCAGUUAAAGUUUUUUGCACAUGGCCUCGCCGUAACGCUCAUGUGUCCGCGCUCCGCCUCGUGUUCUUGGGUCCAACGGGCCGAGGUGUUCGGUGGCUCCUUGGUUCUUUUGUCAUGGGACGCACACCUUCUUUUGUUGCGUUCCGGUUUGUUUGGAGCCUUUCGGUGAGAUCGGUUGUGUUGUGGUCACGUUUGGGGAUGGGCUGUGAGAGGAGUCGGCUCGGCUCGGUCUGCGUUUUUUUUUUUUUGGUGCAGAAGCUUUUUCUGUGUUUUCGGUCUCCUUGUAGCACUCAAUAUAAUGUCAGGGGACUUAAAACUAUUCAGAGAAUGUGUCAUUGUUGAGUUCUUAUGACAAGCUUCCUCACUUGAGGAACACUGCUAAUUUCUUCUUUUUUUUAAAUUGGCUUCUUGCACAAUUUUACAAAUAAAAUGAAUGUUGGUGUGUGAGCUUUGACUUUUUUCGAUCAGAAAAAUAAGGCAUGUGUGCUCUUUGUUUCUUGAUGUUUGUACUUUCAUUUUGCAUAAAGGAUGUGUUUUGGCCGUUUGUUGUGUUUUAAAGUGAACAGAAUUCAAUCAGGAUUCAUUUUUUGUCAAAUUGUUUUUCUUUCUUUUUUUGUAUGACGUCUCGUCAAUGUCCAUAGCGCUGGAUAACCAACUCAGGCAGAAAGAAAAAAAAAAUUAUAGAGGCCCACUUAACAGUUUCACCCCAAUCAAUUUACAUCAUGGGCUGUUAUAAAGAUAUGUAAAUGUAUUACAUAUUAUUUGAUAUGAUUAACAAAUGUCAUUAUUGACAAUUAACUAUAUGAAUUAUUAUUAUGAUAUUGUGUGUGUUAUGCUGGAGGUGGCUCGGAUCAGUCUUUAGUGUGCUGAACAUCUUAGUUCUGCCUCUCUGCGCAAGGCGACACUUCGACAGUGGGGGGGGGGGGUGUAAAGUUUAUGUGUCAGCUGUGGCUAAGUUGACCCCCCCCCCCACACCCCCCCUGCACUCAGCGCUGAGGCUAGCCUCCAGUCCAUCUAGAUGUUUCUCUGCUAACCUGUGACACCAAAAUCGUGAACUGAAACCUUUUGGGCCGUGGGACGGUAGCAGAGAACUGGACAUCAGCACAGACCUGCUGGGGACAGUCCGGCCUGCAGGGAGCCGUUCCCAGCCAACGGGUCUGUACUACGAUGUACUCACCAGCUCCCUGCGUCUCACCAAACCCCCUUUCCUCUAUCGCAAUGGAGAUACUCUGUCGGUGUAUGUAUUUUGACAUCUGUACAAAUGCACCACUUUCAAACAAGAAAAUGAAAACCUUGACAUAUCUGGAAUAAAUGAGCAAGUUGUGUCUUUA